GCACUGGCCGACCAAUCAGGAACGACCACGCGCUAAGGAAGUCGACAGACAUCAAAGUCGUGUUUUGACGCUUGUGGUGGAUGGGUGUGUUGCCGCCUGUGACCGCCUCUAGUGACUAUACCCGCUGUAAGUGACGUCGUUAUAAAACACAAUGGCGUGGAGGUGGCAGAGAACAGUUUUAUUAGCAGUGGUUUUAAUAGGUAUUCUAUUACCAUGUGCAGUAAUAGCUGGUGAAGAUGAUGAAGUAACAGUUACUGAGGAGAUGGUUCAAGAGGAAGAUGAGGUGGAAGAAGUGAUAUAUGCUACACCAAAGGUGAUUGCAAGUGCUUACCUUAUGGAAACAUUUGAUGAUGUGGGAGCUUUUGAAAAUGCCUGGGUUAAGUCUCAAGCUAAAAAGGAUGGUGUUGAUGAAGAUAUUGCCAAAUAUGAUGGUGUUUGGGCUGUUGAAUCUGCUGAGCGUAUGGCACUGACCGGUGAUCGUGGACUGGUUUUGAAAUCCAAAGCAAAACAUGCGGCCAUUGCUGUUGCUCUCAAGAGGCCGUUUUCUUUUACAUCUAAACCACUUGUUGUACAGUAUGAGGUCAACUUGCAAAAUGGUCAAGAGUGCGGUGGAGCUUAUAUUAAGCUAUUAAGUUCUCAGGAUGGAAGAGUGGACCUGAAAAAAUUCAAUGACAAAACACCAUACACUAUUAUGUUUGGACCUGACAAGUGUGGUAAUGACCAUAAGCUGCACUUCAUUUUCCGACACAUCAAUCCCUUGACUGGAGAGGUUGAAGAAAAGCAUGCUAAGCGUCCCCGUGACAAGAUUGAAGAGCCCUUCAAGGACAAGAAACCACAUUUAUACACUUUAAUUGUGCGACCUGACAACACAUACGAAAUUAAUCUUGACCAAGAGGUGAUCAACUCUGGCAGCCUCCUUGAAGACUUCUCUCCACCAGUUAACCCUCCCAAGGAAAUUGAUGAUCCUGAAGACUUCAUGCCUGAAGAAUGGGAUGAGAGAGAAAAGAUCCCUGAUCCAGAUGCCACCAAACCUGAUGACUGGGAUGAAGAUGCUCCUAUGCAAAUUGCAGAUCCAGAUGCUGUAAAACCCAGUGGCUGGUUAGAUGAGGAACCAGAGAUGAUACCUGACCCCACAGCUGAGAAACCUGAGGAUUGGGAUGAUGAAAUGGAUGGUGAGUGGGAGGCUGCCUUAAUCAACAAUCCAAAGUGUGCUGAUGCUCCGGGUUGUGGAGAAUGGAAACCUCCAAUGAUUGACAAUCCCAAUUACAAGGGAAAAUGGCGACCAGCAAUGAUUGACAACCCCAACUACCGUGGCAAGUGGAAGCCGAGGAAAAUCUCCAAUCCAGAUUUCUUUGAAGAUUUGGAGCCCUUCAAGAUGACACCUAUUGAUGCUGUUGGUAUUGAGCUGUGGUCCAUGUCUGAUAACAUUCUCUUUGACAACUUGAUAAUCACGGAUAGUAUUGCUGAUGCCAAUCUGUUGGCUGCGGAGACAUUUGACUUAAAGGUUAUGAAGUUGGAGAAAGGGCAGGUUGGUGUGUUCCGACGCAUCUUAAACUACUCCAAUAAGCAUCCCUGGCUUUAUGGUAUCUACGUUCUCCUUGUGGCCAUCCCUGUAGUUUUGAUAAUUACUUGUUGCUGUGCAGAACCAAAGGAUUCUAAGGUUGAUAAGGAUGCUGAGCAUAAGAAGACAGAUGAACCUACAGCAGAUGAUCCCCCAGCAGAUGAUCCCCCAGCAGAUGAUGCCCCAGCAGAUGAUCCCCCAGGAGAGGUAGAGGGGGAGGCAGUUGAAGGAGAACAAGAGAAAGUUAAUAAUGCUGCAAGUGAUGAAGAUGCUGCCAGUGGUGAGGAGCCUGCAGAUACUGUAGAAGGUGAUGCUGAUGAGGAGGAGGAUGAGGAGGAAGAGGAAGAGGAACAAGUUAAUGAAGAAAAGGGCAAGGAAGCUGAGGAGGCCCAGACUCGUACUUCUCCAAGGCUUCGCAAGGCUCGAAGAGAAUAGACUACAUUGAAUUAUGUUAUUAUAUGCUAAGAGACAAAGGAAGCUGUAAUUUGGAGCUCACUUUUUUUUUCUUAAAUGAGCAGAAAUUUUGGAUUGGAUUUUUAUAUGAGGCCUUAUGAUACUAAUUAGUACUGUAUAAACAGUUUUAUGCAAAAUAACUAAUUACUUUACGGAGAAAAAGAUUUACUGAACAAUCUCCAUUUUUUCUUAAUUAUAAAGGUAUUUUUGUCCAAAUGUUAUAUGAAAAGCAGUGCUUUAUUUUAUUUUUUGUAAGAAAGCAUUGUGAUCUUGUUAUAUUUGCACCAAUAAAACCUAGUCAGUGUAGGAUCAAAGUAUUUGACCAAGAAGCAGCUGUGUUAUGAUCUGUCACUUUUCUUAGUCUCUGUCACUUCAGUAUUUGGAUAUGCUGUGAUAAUCUGAAGCUUCCUUUUCUAUCUCUAAACAUUCCUUAGUCAUUUGCUUCAGAUUUGAAAUGAUCAUAAAAUAGAUUGCAGAAAGGUACUAGAUGAAAGUUCUUAUGUACUUAUAAGUUUAGUAAAGAUGUUCUUUUUCUAGACAGGAAUGAGUUUUCUUUCUGAAUAUUUUAUAAGAAGUCCCUGUGCUUUCUGUAGUUCCCUUAAAUGGACACUUGGUAAUGUUUGUAUAUCUUGUGAAGUCUUGUAUUCUUUUUCAUUCACUUGUAUAAAGAAAAAAAUGUGGAUCAGCUGGUUUUUUCUCCACUAUGCAAAACUGGGGUUUACUAGCCUAUUGGGAUCCAUUCAUGUCAUUGUUUCUGGGUCUCUUGUAUAAUGAUACCUUUGCAGGUUUAGUGUUGUGGUUUAGCUGAUUUUAACAAUUAUCUUUCACAGUAUUGGUUGUCAUCCUCUCUUUAUUGUCAUUAGGCAAAGGAUAGUUGUAAUUCAUCCAGUAUCAGAAUUUAAAGUGAUUUGUCCUACGUUGUGAAGAUUUUUUUUGUACAGAAUGUGUUUUAUUACUAGCUUGAUGUCUUUUUUAGUAAAAUGUUAUAGGCAUUCUCAAAUAAUGGUUUUAAUUUUUAAAUUUGCAAAAGAAUGUAUAAUAGGAAGCCGAGUUAUUUUUUUUUAGUUGAAAAUGGAUGUUUUCUCAUUAAGAAGUUCGAUUGGUUGAUCUUUAAAGAAAUAUAUACUGUAUACCAUAUCAUACAUCUAAUUAUACAAACUAGAACAAUGGAGGUCUUAUUUUACUAUUGUUAAUAACAAAAUAUCUCCCUUUGCCAUUUGUAGUUGGGAGCUAUAAUCUUCAUAUUGGCAGAAGACUUCUAAUAAUUCCAGUCUUUUAUUUGAUUAUCACACACUGUAUAUCACCAGCAAGCAUUGUCCCACAAGUUUGUCAGAUAGGAAAAGUUCUAAGGUGUGAAUUUUGUCUUUCACUUGUAAAGAAUAUUCAUCUUCUCAGUGAAUUCUUUAUGAAUUUGCAGUCUAUCUAUAUGCAGUAUAGGUAGAUAUGUUUAGAAUGCUUUAUUUUCAUGAAUAUGGACAUUAUUCAUAUUGAGGCACCCUGUAACCAUACAUUUGUUGUAGUAUGGCUUGGUUAUUUAUUCCUGCCUGUAUGUUGUACAGAAGCUUUUACAAUAAACAUUGACAAUGAUAA